AUGGAAAGAAACAACAAAAGACUGCUGCAACAGGAAAGCACUAGUAAGAAUAAGCAGAAUUCCAGAAUUUGGCAUCAGGUUUGGGACCUCAAUAUUAAGCACAAGGUUAAACACUUCCUGUGGAAAUGUCUACAUGACAUCCUUCCCACCCACGACAAUAUUUUCAAAAGAACAGGAAAAGGAGAACCUUGGUGCAGGAGAUGUGGGGAAAGUGCAGAAACAUUAGAACACCUCCUCUUCUUUUGCAGGACAAGUGAGCAGAUUUGGAAGACCUUCCCUAUCCAAUGGGAUGGUCUGGAACAUUUGAAAGGGAGCUUUUGGUCAUGGUGGGAGAGCUUACAACAGGCUAGAGAAAGGGCAGAUGGCAAAGCUCACAUUGAAAUGACAACCAACCUACUCUGGCAUAUCUGGAAGGCAAGAAAUAAUUGGAAUUUUAACUUGAUCAACCAGGAAGGUUACCGGAUUUCCCAAUAUGCCAUGGCGGACUGGUUUGAGUUUAAAGAGGCAAACCUCCUAAACACUUGUGACAAACCAGAAAACACUUCUGUGUUGAAUAGUCAUGAUAAGACUGCGGAACUCCAACAGCAGCACUCGACUAUCAUUUACACAGAUGCAGCAGUGGACCAACAAAGAGACAAGUUUGGUAUUGGUAUAACAGCUAGAGACAAUAAGGGCAAUCUAAUCUCUACAUGGUCAAUCCCAACCUCUUUAAAAGGAGAGGUUGCAACCUUGGAAGCUCAUGCUAUUAGAACUGCCUUGCUCAAAGCAUUGAAGGAAAAUUGGACGUCCAUCUUGCUACUUUCUGACUGCAAAGUUCUGGUUGACAAAUUAAACCACUGGAGUGAAGACCUAUCUGACAUCAACAUUAUCCUGAGAGACAUCAAGACAUUAAGUAGCUCCUUUUGGCGUUGUACUUUCUCCUUUGUUAAGCGAGAAAUCAACACAUGUAGUUAUGGUUUGGCGAAAUUCGCCACUAACCUUGUCAACGAAACUAGGUGGAAGAAUAGCUUCCCUGUGUGGACCUCUACUGCUGCACAAACUGAUUAUCUGGCAGUUGCCAGCUAG